AUGCCAACUUCGAUGCCACCAACUUUUUUUCCCACCCAGCCGCACCGAGUGUCUGUUUCAGUCUCCGUGCCGCGGCUGUGUGUCAUCCUGAGCAAUGGCCCCCUUCCUACGGAUAUCUUUCAACUCCUUUGAGCUGGGACCUGGGCAGAAUGAAGGAGAACAACUCCAGCCUUUCUGUGCUAUCAAGAUGAAGGAAGCUCUCACUACAGAGAGAGGAAAAACUCUGGUUCAGAGGAAACCCACCAUGUAUCCCGAAUGGAAAUCGACUUUUGACGCCCACAUUUACGAGGGCCGGGUGAUCCAGAUCGUGCUGAUGAAAGCAGCAGAAGAGCCCCUGUCCGAGGUGACUGUGGGUGUGUCAGUGCUGGCAGAAAGGUGCAAGAAAGGCAAUGGCAAAGCAGAGUUCUGGCUUGACCUUCAGCCUCAGGGGAAGGUGCUGAUGGCUGUGCAGUAUUUUUUGGAAGAUGCAGACUGCAGACAGUCAAUGAGGGAAGAUGAGGGGACAGUAACCAUCAACAGGAGAGGAGCCAUCAAGCAAGCCAAAAUCCACUACAUCAAAAGUCAUGAGUUUAUUGCCACCUUCUUUGGACAGCCUACAUUUUGCUCUGUCUGCAGAGACUUUGUAUGGGGACUCAACAAGCAAGGAUACAAAUGUAGACAAUGCAAUGCUGCUAUUCAUAAGAAAUGCAUUGAUAAAAUCAUUGGGAGGUGUACUGGUACUGCAGCCAACAGCAGGGACACAAUGUUCCAGAAGGAGCGCUUCAACAUCGACAUGCCGCACCGCUUCCGCGUCUACAACUACAUGAGCCCCACCUUCUGUGACCACUGCGGCAGCCUGCUCUGGGGGCUGGUCAGGCAGGGCCUCAAGUGUGAAGAAUGUGGGAUGAAUGUGCAUCAUAAAUGCCAGAAGAAGGUGGCAAACUUAUGUGGAAUAAACCAGAAGUUGCUAGCUGAAGCCUUAAAUCAAGUUAGCCAGAGAUCUUCACGCAAGUCUGAUUCUGGAUCUGUAGAAAGUGUUGGUAUUUAUCAAGAUUUUGAUAAGAAGCAUAAAGCUCCAGGAGGAGACUCAACAGCAGAUAACAGCGAGUAUGACAAGCUCUGGGAGGUAAACUCAACCAAGCCAGUGCCAAGAACUGCAAGGAGAAAAUUCAACAUAGACAGCUUUGUCUUCCACAAAGUGCUGGGGAAAGGAAGCUUUGGAAAGGUUCUGCUUGCAGAGCUGAAAGGGAAGAAUGAAUUCUUUGCUAUCAAAGCUCUGAAAAAGGAUGUGGUGCUAAUUGAUGAUGAUGUGGAAUGUACCAUGGUGGAAAAGAGGGUCCUUGCUCUUGCCUGGGAAAAUCCAUUUCUCACACAUCUUUACAGCACGUUUCAGACAAAGGAUCACUUGUUCUUCAUCAUGGAGUUCCUGAAUGGGGGAGACCUGAUGUUCCACAUCCAGGACAAGGGGCGCUUCGACCUCUACAGAGCCACGUUUUAUGCAGCUGAAAUUUUAUGUGGGCUCCAGUUUCUUCACAGCAAAGGCAUUAUUUACAGAGACCUAAAACUGGACAAUGUGAUGCUUGAUAAAGAAGGCCACAUCAAAAUAGCUGAUUUUGGAAUGUGCAAAGAAAACGUCUUUGGAGACAACAAGGCGAGCACUUUCUGUGGGACCCCCGACUACAUCGCUCCCGAGAUCCUGCAGGGUUUGCGGUACACGUUCUCUGUGGACUGGUGGUCCUUUGGGGUGCUGCUCUAUGAGAUGCUCAUUGGCCAGUCCCCUUUCCAUGGGGAUGAUGAAGAUGAACUAUUUGAGUCCAUCCGAGUGGACACCCCUCACUACCCACGCUGGAUCACCAAGGAAUCAAAGGAUAUCUUGGAGAAGCUCUUUGAAAGGGAUCCAGCAAAGCGACUUGGGGUCACUGGGAAUAUCAGAGACCAUCCUUUCUUCAAAACAAUCAACUGGACAGCUCUAGAGAAGAGGGAGGUGGACCCUCCCUUCAGGCCAAAAGUGAAAUCAGCAAGUGACUACAACAACUUUGACAGGGAAUUUCUGAGUGAGAAGCCAAAACUGUCCUACAGUGACAAAAACCUGAUUGAGUCCAUGGAUCAGUCUGCAUUUGAUGGAUUUUCUUUUAUUAACCCAAAAUUUGAACAGAUCUUGAACAAGUAAGUCUGUGAACAGCUGGACUUUAAAGCAGGGUUACAAACCCACACUCCCAAGUGUUAAUGCAUUCCAACAACGUCGAUACUUCAGAAUAAUACACCCUAGUGUGAUGAAUUAUGUUCAACUCCUGAUUUAUUGGCAGUGUUUUUAUGCAUGGUUGGGUUUAAGGUAUGUGAAUCAUGUGCAUUAUUUUCUCUAUUUGGGAAAAUGUAAAUUCUGUUUGGUACUUGAAUGUAGUUAUAUAUAUAUAUGUGUGUGCUGUAUAUUUUGCUCGAGAGAAGACAUUGGGGAACAGAAGAUGUCUUUUUAAAAUGUGUUUGAGCCCUUGGUUCUUUUAUUUGUCUUCAAUUAAAAGAAAGUUUAAUGUGACUUUCACCUAUGGCUCUGAUUUUUAACAAUAUACACUUUAACUCCAGUGGUCUUUAAAGUACAGUGAAAAAAUGCUUGGUCAGCCCUGAUUGCUUUCUUAAAAUAUUUGUUGUUUUUGUGAAUUAAACAAAAGAAAGUGUCAGGAGAAAGCAGAGAUUCCUAGUCUAACACCAGCUGCUGUGGGAAACAGCUCAGGGGUGCUUUUGAUGAAUAAAUGCUACAUAUUUAUUCAGUAAAUACACAUAUUUAUUCCGAGGCAAUCCAAGCCUUGAGACAAAGAGGCCUCAGCAUCCCAGAGCAGCCCCAUCCUGCCUGGGAAUGUGGGUUCUGCCCCUAAAUGCCACUCCCUGCAAACAGCCACAGCAGUCACAGCAGGACAGAACCCAGGUAAUGACUGCAGAGUUACUUGCUGCUCUGCCUGAGGAAUUAUUCUGUUUAACUCCCAAACAAAAUACUUCUUCAGUUUUAUUUGCUUGUUUGUAACACAGCAGCUGUGGCUCCUCCUGCUUGCUGUUAGAAGGGCACAAAACCAGAUCCUGCUGCCUUGCAACAUCAACUUCUGAAUUUUGAUUUUUAGCCAUUAGAGAGAAAGAAAACCUAAUGUAAUGACUGCAAAGCUCCUUCCAAAACCUUCGCCUUGCAGUCAGCUCAUAAAAUUCAAGACUGAAGCAAAGUUCCUUUGCUUCUCAGGAGCUUUCUGUAUCUUCUAACACUAUUGCAAAUGACUUUUCUCAACACUGAGCAGGCAGAAAAAAAUGUACAUGUGUCAGUUCAUCCACGAAUUAUGGAAUGCUACAGAAUUCCUAGGAGAACCCUGGAGCUUCUGGGUCGUUUCAGACUGUUAAUCCUGCUGAAAGAGCAGCAGAAAGCUGUAAUACUUUGUAGAGAUUAAAAAAAAAAACCAAUACACUGCUGCCUUUGUUCUGCUCCUAAAGAACAGCUCUAGCUUAUUGUUGUAACUCAAGCAAUGCCAGCAUGACUGGGAUGCCAUCUGAGCCUGCAGCAGACUGAGGCUGGAAGGGGCAGAACACAGCUGGCAUUUCCAAAUGCCAGGACUGGCCUGCUUUACCGAGCCCACUCCAAGGGAACAAGCAGUGUGGGGUGCUGCAGGGAGAGCAGGAACCUGCCUUUCCCCCUUCACAUAACCUACAGAGUGACUUCUGGCUUGCCAUUUGUCACCAGAAAGUGAUUCUGCUUUCCAAGGUGAGUGCUGUGCCCUUGCACCCGAACAGAAGGGCCUUUCUAGGUAAGGAGUUCCAAAGGUGGGUGCCAGCAGCAGUGGGCAUCUGCACACAAAGAAGUUGUUAUCAAUUGGCAGUAGGAGUAAAUAUUCCUUGUGGGAACUGGCUCCCUGUACUCACCUGCUUUGCUCUGGACUAACAAGUGCCAGAUCUGCUCAGGAGGCUUCACACAGCAACUCUUGCAGCUGGCCCCUGAGUGAUGUACCAGGAGCGUGUCCUGCUGCCACAGCUGUGCCAGCUGCACUCACACAGGGGCACAGAUCCCUUUCCUCUGCAGAGCAGCUGCUCCACCCAUCCUCCAGGGCAGCCCUGUCCUGCUCAGCCCUUGCACCACUGUUACCUGUGUUAUAGCACAGCCUGGGGAGCUCCUCCACCUCCUCUGCAGAGCUGCUGCAGCCCAGGGCCUCCUGUGAGCACACCUGGGUUCACUCACUCAUCCAUCAGCUCUGGCUCAUCCUCAUACUACAGGAAGUUUCAGCUUUUAAAGGAUUUUGUCCAGAAAGCAGCCUAAAAGCUCUAAAACAAACACAGAAGUUACCUGCUCCCCAAACAGAAAUACACAGUGGAGUUAAAGAACAAUUAAAACACUCCUCCCACCUAGCAGAGAAGAGACAAGUGGUUACCACCUGGAGGGCUGCAAUCAGCAGGAAAAUGUGAGUACAUAAUUCUAAAAGCACAAAGCAGUCAUUAAUUUAAUGCAAACGUAAUGCCCUCCAGCUCCCUUCUACAAACUUGUACUGACAGGCAGCAUUUGGCUGUUGGUGUUCACCUUUCCCAAAACACCAGCAGCAUGUUCAAGACAAGGUAAGAACAGUGUAGGUCUGAGAGGGUGGAGCAGAUGUUAAUCCCAGUGACCAGGUGAAGCUAAUAAAGCCUUACCUUUCUCCUCUAUCACGUGCAAAUCCUGGCAUGCAUUUAAUCAGUUCCUCCAACUUCUUCCUCCAUUAUUGAGCUUCCUACUUCAAUCAUAGUUAUUUGUCACAAUAAAGCACCCUCGAGGUGAGUUAAUAUAAUCCUUACAUUUAUAUCUAAACUCCCUAAACCCAGCUUGUGGAAGCUGUGGAACCCUGCUGAGGCUCAGGAACACUCACCUGGCAAUGCAGCCACUGGAAAUGGACAUGGAAAGAAACACACAUCAGUGCACCCUGUAGCAUUUGAUCUUUAUUACUUGGAUCAAAGGUCAAAUGAUUACAUUUGUCUGAAAGAUCACAACAAAGGCCAACGAUGUAAGAAAGGACAGGUUAAUCCCAGUCCAGAGACUGCAUCUGAGCCAGGCACACACAGGACAGAGGCAGUCAAAUGGUACAAACACAGAAGGUCAGGACAAGGGUCUGCCCCUCCCCUGUCAGUGACUGUUCUGUCAGGAGUGGGGGACACACUUACAGAAGUGACAAUUAACUGCAAUUCUUAACUGUGUCUGCCCAGAACAGCAGUCAGGGUUCCACCCUGGGAGAACUCAUCACUCCAAAUCUACAUUCAGCUCAAAUCUACAUUCAUCAUCUACACCUGCUCUCUCCCACCAGGGUCAGAUGCAGUCACUGAUUUAGAACCUUCCUACUGUAGAACCAACAACUUCAUUUUUUUUUUCUCUUCAAGUAUCAGCACAAUAGUUUAUUUACACUUCUAUACAACUCUUUUUACUGAACGCCCAUUGUAGUAAAACACUCAUCACAGUAUAUCUGAAAGCAGGCUAUAAAAAUACCUACUGUACAUAGAACAUGUAGCCUCGAGGAUGUUACAGCACCUCUGAGAGAUCAGAGAGGUAAAACAAAGGGGGAGAGGAGACACCCCAAGCUGUGCUCACCAGCAAAGAGAACAACCCUGGGCUCAGCUCUCACUGGGGGACACAAUUCUUCUGCCCACACUUCUUCAGCCAGGUCUCAGCUCACAAUCUGCCAGUAAAACCCCACUUUUCUAAUGCAGCCUCCUGGGAUUCUUACAGAUAAAUCCUGACAUUCUCAGUGUAAAAACUGCUCAACCACCCCUCCUGUCCCAGCAGAGGAGCGGGGGCUGCCUGGGGCACAGCCCGGCUUUCCCACACCACUGUGGGAGGGGAAACUGCUCCUUCAGUUGUGCCACAAAGGUGGCCUUGUUAACCACAUCAAUGAAUUCACUCCUCUGAGCAGUGCCAGGCAGGCUCUCUCCUCACCCCACAACUAUGGGCACACUGAAUUAAUAAAGGUCUGAAAUGGCAUUACCAUAACACACACACACAAAGCUUUAGACAGCAGCGCUUGAAGCAAGUGUUCCUGGUCAUUCUGCACCCUACACAUUCCUCCUCUGAAACAGAACCCAGCAAUGCACUAUGGCUUACUUCCAGAGCUGAAUAUAUUGCUGAAUUUAGCUUAUUAAAAAAAAUAAU